AUGAAUCAAGAAGGGUGUUCAAGCAAAAACAAAAAAAUAUCCAACCGCAUUCUAGCUGGAUCACUUGCAUCUUUGCGAAACCAAAAGGUUUCGUCGUUGACAACAAAGAGAACCUCUCAAGCUAUAAGGUCUAAUGAAAAUGAAGAAAGACAAUCAGAAUCUCGAUCACUUGCAUUUUUCCGAAAUCAAUCGUUGACAACAAAAAGAACCUUUCAUGAAAAUGAAGAAAGACAAUCAGAAGCUGAGAAGGUUCCACAAAGAUCUCAACUGCAAGAAAAAGUGCGGCAAGUGCCAUUGAUUUCUACCUCUUCUACAGCACAAGGAGUACAAGAUCAAGUGCGGCAAGUACCAAUGGAUUCCAUCACUCCUACAUCACAAGCUGUGCAUGAACCAUCUGAGGAUUAUACCGAUCAUGAAGCAAUUGAACAUUCUGAGGAACCAGGCCCUUCUGUGCCAAAAAGAAAAAGAGGCCCUACUCAAAUGCAAAGUGUGCACGGUAGGAAGGACCGUAAAAUAGUCGUGCUAAAUGAGUUCAAUCAACCCAUUGGUCCCACUAAGGAAGUUGUGAAAGAGUUGGGUAGCUUCCUCGGCACAUUGGGAAGGAAUGAGACCUUUUGUCCUCUUAAUGAAAAAUAUGACAUUCCUGAAGAGGCGAAGAAUUGGGUUUUUGAUUUAGUUUGUACUGCUUGGAGAAAGUAUAAAAGUCAGUUGAAGAAAAAGCACUUUGAUACAUAUGAGAAUGACGAGCGUCGAAUGCAGAAUAGGCCACAAAAUGUUCCUGCGUCUCACUUUAAAGAUCUUCUUGACUAUUGGAACUCCGAUGCCGCCAAGAAAAUGUCUGAAACCGAUAUCGAGAAUCGAAAAAAGUUGAAGCAUCAACACACUGCUGGAAAAACAAGUUUUGCUCAAAUCAUCAAGGAAAAAAAGAAGGAAAUGGCCGAUACUUCGGAUAGUCUAUCAAGUAAAGAUAUCUUUGUGGCCACAAGAAAAAGAAAACCUGAUCGAGUAUACAAAAGCUCUUAUGAGAGUACAAUGAGUAAAAUUGCUGAAAUAGAGAGAAUACAAUCCACUCAAGAAAGUGGAGAUGGUAUUGAUUCAGUUGACACUUUUGCAUCAGUGAUGGGACCUGAGCACCCAGGUCGGGCAAGAUUGUAUGGACGAGGAGUCAACAAAACUGUCUUAAAAAAGAAAAAAGGAGAUUUUGGAUCCUCUGUAAAUGCUACUGAUGAGAGAAUGGAACAAAAAAUGGAGGAGAUGGAAGAGAGGAUGCAACAAAAAUUGUUGGAAAAGCUCAAUGCACAAAAGGAAAAAUUGCUGGAAGAGCUCAAUGCACAAAAGGAUGCUAUGGAACAAGAUAUUACGAUGAACUGCUCGUGCACCUGGAGAAGCUGCUUCUGCACAACAAGGUGCUAUUCAACCAAUCAAUCGUCCAUCCGCUGGCAGUAA